AUGCGGCCGUUUGACAUCUUCGACCACUGGAGCGCUUGUAAGCGCAAGCAGGAGGAGCGGGCGGAACGCAUCGCUUCUUUAUCUAAACCUUACCAGUACCCUCUCAAUAGUAACGAGAGGACCAUCUUGGACGAGAACAUCGACGAUUUGGUUCAGGAUGUUCAGGAUGGCAAUAAGAACGCUGUUGAUGUCCUCCGGGCAUAUGGUAAAGUCGCCGUCAAGGCACAAGAGAAGACGAACUGUAUCACCGAGGUGAUGCUCAAGGAGGCUGAAGGCUGGAUCAAAAGUGGCGACAUCAAUCUCAAAGGCCCACUAGCUGGUAUACCUGUCAGCUUGAAGGACAGUAUCAACGUCGGCGGCUUCGACAGUAGCGUUGGCUACUCCUGCAACACUGGCCAACCAGUGCCUGUCGAUGGAGCUGUCGUGCGCAUGCUCAAGGACGCCGGUGCUGUUCCAUUCGUCAAGACUGCUCUCCCUAUCACACUUCUGAGCUUCGAAAGCACGAACGAUGUAUGGGGUCAAUGCAGUAAUCCCCACAAUACCAAGUAUUCUCCUGGUGGAAGUACGGGCGGCGAAGGUGCAAUUCUCGCCUUUGGUGGCAGCAGAAUUGGUAUUGGCUCCGACGUGGCAGGCUCUGUUCGUGCCCCAGCGCACUACUCGGGAUGCUACAGUAUUCGAUGCAGCACUGGACGAUGGCCGAAGUUGGGCGCAAAGACAUCCAUGCCCGGUCAGGAAGGCAUCGCAUCCGUCUUUUCUCCCAUGGCCCGCACUCUUAUGGAUCUCACUUACUUCACGCGCUCUUUUAUACAGAUGCAACCGUGGAAAUACGAUCAGUCUGUGCAUCCUCUUGCUUGGCGUACCGAAGUCGAAGAGGAGUAUGCCGACAAGAAGACCCUAAAGAUUGGCGUCAUGCGUACCGACAAUGUGGUCGAUCCAUCUCCUGCCUGUGUCCGUGCCGUGGAUAUGUCUGUCCAGGCUUUGAGAGAUCAGGGCCAUGAGGUGUUCGACGUCACACCACCGGAUCCGUACGAAGCUCUCGUUAUCGCUAGUAACCUUCUCAACGCCGACGGCACACGAACCUUCCGCUCUUUCUUCCGCACGGGCGAGACAGACGAUGUCGGCGCUAGCGAGUUCGGCCGCUACAUGCGCUUGCCUCGAAUCGUCAAGUGGUUCUACUACGCAUACGUCAAGUACAUCAAACGCGACGAUCUUUGGGCUGGCCUGCUGGAGCAUUGGCACGAGAAGAGUGCUUUCGAAAACUGGCAAUGGGUCGCCAAGCGUGAGCUCUACAAAGCAGACUUCCACGCAUGGUGGAACACUUUCGGCGACGAGGGUGAUGGCAUGGACUUUCUUCUGACGCCGCCAAAUUCGACCCCGGCUGUGCCUCAUGGCGGUAUGAGUUCUGCUGCUGCGGCUUGUGGUUAUACAUUCUUGUUCAAUCUGCUCGACUACAGCGCGGGUAUCAUGCCUGUCACGCACGUUGACGCUGUCAAGGAUGCGCUGCCUACGACCAUCAAUAUAAACAAGAUGAAUGGCAUUGCGAGAGGUGCAUACAAGCACUACGACAGCGUCAAGAUGGCUGGUCUGCCAGUGGCGAUUCAACUUGUUGGCCGCAGGCUUGAAGAGGAAAAGGUUUUGGCUGGCAUGCAGAGGUUGUACAAUGCGCUCGAUGCGAAGGGCCAUACUUACGAGCUGCUGGAGGUACCUGAGGUGUAA